UCAAAAACUUCAAACCGUUGCAUAAAAACAUCUGUUAUCUAUCUCUUUCUCUCUUCGAGUUCUCUUCUCACCAUUCUUUUCCUCAAAAGGAUUUAUUGGUGAGAAUGACGGAGACUCAGUCGAGAGCUCAGCACACAAUAAAAUCCCAUGGAACCAAGGUUCUAACAGUGCAUAAGCAUGACUGGCUCAUUCUUCUGCUUCUUGUGCUGAUUGAUUUCGGUUUAAAUAUGAUUGAACCUUUUCAUCGCUUUGUGGGAGAGGAGAUGAUGACAGACCUGAAGUACCCAUUCAAAGAGGAUACUGUACCUUUUUGGGCUGUUCCCAUCUAUGCAGUAUUGCUGCCUUGUGUAAUAUUCAUGGUGUAUUAUCUUCACCGAAGGGAUAUUUAUGAUCUGCACCAUGCUAUACUGGGCCUUCUAUUUUCUGUUCUAGUAACUGGAGUUAUAACAGAUUCAAUCAAAGAUGCUGUUGGGCGACCAAGACCAAACUUCUUUUGGCGAUGUUUCCCAGAUGGAAAAGGGGUGUUUGAUCCCAUUACGAAGAAUGUUAUGUGCCAUGGAUUGAAAAAGAUUAUAAAGGAAGGACACAAAAGUUUCCCAAGUGGGCAUACUUCAUGGUCCUUCGCAGGUCUUGGUUUCCUUGCAUGGUAUUUAUCCGGGAAAAUUAAGGUGUUUGAUCGUAGGGGCCACAUUGCAAAACUUUGUAUUGUUCUGGUUCCUUAUCUUUUCGCUGCACUUAUAGGGGUUUCUCGAGUGGAUGACUAUUGGCAUCAUUGGACCGAUGUAUUUGCUGGAGGCCUUUUAGGAACAGUAGUUUCUUCAUUAUGCUACUUGCAGUUCUUUCCGUUCCCACAUGAUAUGAAUGGGUGGGCACCUCAUGCUUACUUCAGAAUGUUAGCAGAAAAUGUUGUUCAGCCCUCAACAGCAGAGAUGGAAACUGUGUAUGGGCGACAUGAGUACGUCAAAGAAGCUGGACAGUCCAGUUCACAAGAUUUAACCCCCGAUCUGGAAGCAAUGGGAACUCUCAAGAACCACUGA